UCUCUAAAAUGUCUGAUAAGGUCAGGAUAACGCAGGAGCGCUGUGUCAGGAGUGGCGCAUGCGCAGUUCGCGCGCCUCUGCCCGUGUGCACAGGAGCGCCCGGAGAACAGCGAGCACAAACGCACUGAUGCAAACGUCCAUUUAGGAUGCUCCGUUCAUACUACCAGGUUUGCUGAUGAUUUUUGUUUUUUGAGUAUUUUCAGUUUCAUUGUGUCACAUUUGGAUCCUUGGCAUCAAACGGAAGAUUUGUCGCAUGACCUUGUGCUGAAUGUCAUUAGGACCGAAUAUAAGCCCAUUACGGACAAUUAGGACCUAUCCUGCAAAGAUGGAUAUUGUAACACAUUUAAUCAACGACACUAUCAAAUUCUACAAAUGGAGCCUUACCAUUGCAGACAAGCGUGUGGAGAAAUGGCCCCUGAUGGACUCUCCUCUCCCCACGCUGGCUAUCAGCUCCAUGUAUCUGCUUUUCCUCUGGCUGGGGCCAAAGUUUAUGCAGAACAGGGAGCCUUUCCAGCUCAGAAAGACCCUUAUUGUGUACAACUUUAGCAUGGUUAUCCUUAACUUUUUCAUCUUCAAAGAGCUCUUCCUUGCUGCAAGGGCAGCGAACUACAGCUACCUCUGCCAGCGAGUGGACUACUCUGAUGACCCUAAUGAAGUCAGGGUUGCAGCUGCUCUGUGGUGGUACUUUGUGUCAAAGGGGGUUGAAUAUCUGGACACAGUGUUUUUCAUACUUCGUAAGAAGUUCAACCAUGUCACCUUUUUGCACGUUUAUCACCACUGCACCAUGUUCACUCUGUGGUGGAUCGGCAUCAAGUGGGUUGCAGGUGGACAGUCAUUCUUUGGUGCUCAUAUGAAUGCAGCAAUCCAUGUCCUUAUGUAUCUUUAUUAUGGACUGGCAGCCUGUGGGCCAAAAAUCCAGAAAUACUUGUGGUGGAAGAAGUACCUGACAAUUAUCCAAAUGAUCCAGUUCCACGUCACUAUUGGUCACACUGCUCUUUCCCUCUACACUGACUGCCCCUUCCCUAAAUGGAUGCACUGGUGUCUGAUUGGUUAUGCCAUCACCUUCAUUGUCCUCUUUGGGAACUUCUACUACCAGACAUAUCGCCGCCAGCCACGUCGUGAAGGUCUGUCCAAGUCAGGCAAGGCACUGUCGAAUGGAGCUCCUAAUGGAAUGACAGUCAGUAAUGGAGUGAGUGGCAAGAUGGUGGAGAAGCCUGUGAUAGCAGAAACUGGGAGGAGGAAGAGGAAGGGCAGGGCAAAGCGUGACUAGAGAAGAUGAAGUGAUGAAAGGCAGAAACAGGCAGAUUUGAGAAAGGAUGUAUAAGAUUGGACAUUUGUUAGGAACAAGUACAUUUGUGGGAUGCUUGGGAUGAGGAUAUGCCUGUUUGGAGGAAGCUCAAAGGUUUACAGCACUAUGUGGGGAUUGCCACCAUCAGUCAGGAUGGUUGUGAUUAGAAUUAUUUGUUAAAAACAAAAUUGUGAUCCUUCUCUUUACAGCAUUGUUUUUGCUGAUUAUAUGCAUAAGCAACACUGUAAUUAGAAUAAAAUAUGAUUGAUGGUCAAGGGAGCCUAAGAUCUCUAUCAAAGCAUACUAUUAUUUAAAUUAUCCUUUUUUUUAAUAAUCAUUAUCUUCCUGUGUGUCUACGUUUAAAGUCCUCAUACUUCAGGCCAGAAUUUCAGCACGUUUACAUACCUCUCACUACAUAAUCAAGUAAAAACAAACCAUCAAGCCAUCUCUGCUUUUUACUUUUGUUCCAUACCUAAUGCCUUUAAAAUAUCCAGAUUGAGCUCUUUCUGAAGCAGUUCUUCCUAAUUUUGCAUUAUCUGUACUCUAUCACAGCUGUUGCUUUAUUCUAUACAUGCUUUUAAUAUUAUUUAUGAGUUGACUUUGUUGUGUCCAGGGGUAAACCCUGCUUUAUUUAUGUAGUUGUAUAAACACCAACCAAUGUUCCUUAUGUUUCCACAUUUUUAUGUUUCAUUUAUUCAAAAAAGUAUUAGUCAUCACUUUUAUUUCUUUUAAAGGAUUUUAACAGCAGCAGUUUGUGAUGCAUAGCUCCUGUAUAAUUGCCUUUUCCUGAGACUGUAAGAGGGAAAAUGUUUUGACGUUUCACUAUUAGCAGACUGUGACCAUAAAGAUUUUAGAGACAUAAUCUUCAAGUUAUAAAUACAACACAUGUCGAUAAAAAUACUCUCAGAAGCCUGUCAAUGCCAUUUAAAAUAUUCAAUUGUUUCUCAACUUUGUCUUAUAAAGCAGCAUCUCAUCAUUUUGAAUCACCCAAAAAUGCAAAGCUGUUGUGUUUUGUCUUCUUGAAUAAUUGUUUUCAUGUUGUAUAUGCUGUGCAAUUUUGUACAUUGUGCUUUUAAAAAUAAAAUGGCUAUCAUGAAGGGACACA